CACCCACACGUUCUUCCCACAACAAGUGCCUGUUGACUUUCCAAGCAAUGCCUAUUACCAACACCAUGAGCCGAUUCAAAAUGCAAUCCCUCCUUUCCUCAGUCCUAAUAAGCUUCCUGAUUUUUGUCACCACAUCUGCAGCUUUUCUGGACUUGCGCAUUGAGCUAACCCACGUCGACGCCGGGCGCAACUUCACCAAGCCGGAGCUCCUCUGCCGCGCAGCCCGCCGGAGCCAGGCUCGUGCGAUGUGGCUCUUGGGAGUGCAAGCCGCCGCCAGCGGCGGCGUCGACCCUACCACACUCACGAAAUCCCACAUUCUGGUAAGCCCCGGUGAGGGCGAGUACCUCAUGGACUUAGCCAUCGGCACGCCGCCGCUGCCCUUUACGGUGAUACUAGACACCGGCAGCGACCUCAUCUGGACCCAAUGCAAACCCUGCAUCAAGUGCCUCAAGGUUCCGGCGCAUCUCUUCGACCCCUCGAAGUCCUCCACUUACUCGGACCUGCCCUACGCCAGCAAGCUGUGUCAGGCCCUGGAGAUCGACAAUAGCAUCUUGAGCGCGGACCAGCAGCACUGCGUCUACAUCUACAGAUAUGGCGACCUCACGUCGUCGAUCGGCGCCCUCGCCACCGAGACCUUCACCUUCGGCUCGGUCGCGAAGGUCCGGGUCCCCGGCCUCGGCUUUGGCUGCGGGCACGACAACUGGGGCGACCUGAACGGCGGGUCGGGGAUCGUCGGCUUCGGCCGCAACCCUCUCUCGCUCAUCUCCCAGCUCGGCAUCCGAAAAUUCGCCUACUGCUUCACCCCCCUACUCCAGUCCAAGCAAAGCACCCUCUUCUUCGGCCCGCUCGCCGACAACUUAGGAGGCGGCCCGAUACUCACCACCCCGCUGCUCCAGAACCCGAGCGUGCUGACCUUCUACUACGUGUCGCUGCUCGGAAUUACGGUCGGCAAGAACCGGCUCAAGAUACCGAAGUCGGCGUUCGAGCUGAGGAAGGACGGCACCGGCGGGGUGAUCGUCGACUCGGGGACGCAAGUCACGGGGCUCGUCAACGUCGCGUACAAGAAGGCGGCGAAGGCGUUCAAGUCCUACGUGAAGCUCCCGGUGGUCGAGGACAAGACGGGGUCGUUCGGGCUAUGCUUCAAGACGCCGACGAACGACACGGCGUCGGUGAAGGUGCCGCAGCUCGUAUUCCAUUUUCUGGGCGCCAACAUGGACCUGCCGAAGGAGAACUACAUGUUUCAGAACGGCGACCGCGUGCUGUGCGUCAACAUAGCCAACAACGGCGAUAGCUCCGUCAUCGGAAAUAUACAGCAGCAAAACAUGAAGGUGCUCUACGACUUGGAGAACGAGAAGUUGUCUUUUGCUCCCGCUCAGUGUGACAAGCUUUGAAGGUAGCGCCGUUGUAUACCGUUCUCUACCGGCUGAAUAUUGUAGCAUGGCGAAAUGCUCCUAAGUUCAAUAUAAUUCUAAGUUCGAGUGACGUAGAGUUUCUAAAGUAUUGAAUGAAUAAAUGAAUGAGGGAGUAGUAAAAAGAAAUGAAAUGUGUACAUGUUCUAGUUGGUUAAUGAUCAUUUUUGUGCCUAUUAUAGAUACUGUACUCUCUCUUUUUUUUUCCUUUUGGUGGAUAUACUUGCUGAAAUAGUAAUGAUACAUAUGUAUGUCUCAAACUGCAUCAUGAUCAAGUAGGUUUUGUAGUUAAUAA